AUGAGUGCCACCAAGGCGGAGUCCCAAAAGAUCUUUGAGAAACUCAAGACCAAACCAGCAAAUAAGACUGACCCCGUGUUCGCGGAAAUUACCCAGAUAUGUUUUGACUGCGGCUCAAAGAACCCUACAUGGUCAUCCGUGCCUUUCGGAAUCUACCUGUGCCUCGACUGCUCAGCGAAUCACCGCAACCUCGGUGUUCAUAUCUCCUUUGUUCGAUCCACAAAUCUCGACCAAUGGCAAUGGGAACAAUUACGUAUUAUGAAAGUUGGCGGAAAUGAGUCCGCCACGAAAUAUUUCCAGUCUAACGGAGGGUCUGCCGCUCUCGCAAGCAAAGACGUCAAGGUCAAAUACACUUCCAACGCCGCUGUGAAGUACAAGGAAGAGUUGAAGAGACGCGCUGCUCUGGACGCACAAGAAUACCCUGAGGAGGUUGUGAUCACAGAUGUUCCCGCUGGUGCAACGUCAAAUGGUUCCAGCACACCUGCCGGUGACGACGAUGAUUUCUUCUCAUCCUGGGACAAGCCUUCCAUAAAGCGGCCGAGCAACCCCCCGUCCCGCACUGGCACUCCUCCAGUCGUCAGCCGUACAUCCUCUCCCUUCUUGAACGCAGGCGCAAACACCGCGCGGUCGAAGUCACCUCUUUCAUCUGAUAAGGAAUCUGCAACCGCCUCCCCUGCACCGACAGCGAUCAGGGCUAGCGCUGCUGCUCGGAAAACUUCUGGAACAACUACCGCGAAGAAGGGCAGUGUUCUUGGUACUAAGAAGGCACCGAAGCUUGGUGCGAAGAAGAUCGGUGGCGCGGAUCUGAUUGACUUCGAGGAGGCGGAGAGAAAGGCUAAGGAGGAAGCGGAACGUAUUGAGAAGUUGGGCUACGACCCCGAAGCUGAAGAGGCAGAGGCCGCCAAGACGAAGACUUCUGGCACAGGUGCUACUGCUAUCGCUUCACCGACCCCGCUCAGCCCUAACAAGGUCGGUUUUGGUGCCACUAAGACUACUCACGAGCGGAACUCGAGCGAUGUGGAGCGUCUAGGAAUGGGUAUCGGAAGGCUUGGCUUCGGCCAAACCGUUGGCUCGAAGCCUACUGCUCCCGCGCCGAAGAAACUCGGCUUUGGAGCCGUUGGUGCUGCGCGGUCCGCUGAAGAUGAGGAAGAACUUCAGCGGACAAAGAACAAGUUUGGUGCUCAAAAGGGUAUAUCAUCGGACGAGUUCUUCGGUCGCGAUAGAUUCGACCCAGUAGCGCAGUCAGAGGCCAAGGAGCGUCUCCGCCAAUUCGACGGUGCUCAGGCUAUUUCUAGCAACUCGUACUUUGGCCGACCUGAAGAUGACUAUCCCCCAGUAGAUGACACCUACGGCGAUCUCGAGGCUGCAGCCAAAGAUUUUGUCCGACGAUUCGGUAUCACUGCAGGGGACGACCUGGAGAACUUGACGCAGCUCGUGGGUGAUGGUGCGAGCAAGCUGCAGGGUGCUAUACGUAGCUAUCUCAACAGCUAAACGAGUGCAAGAGUUCCUAUUUCACAAUGAUAUCCUCAGCUUACGAACACGUUAGUUAGCCAGCCUGUUUCUUUUCGCGAUGUCGUUAUUUGACCCUUCACUCAAUAUUUAGUUUGUU